UCUUUCCCUUAGCCUUCGACGUCACUUGCAGCACCUUCCCACGAAGGCUUCUUGAGUCGCCACAUCCCUAUUUAAACAACCCGCUUCCACAGUCUCUCUUCCUUUUUUUAUAUUCUCAUUCAGAUACAACCCCAUCAUUACAUUCGCUUCUCAGCAUGUACUUUCCAAAGCUCGCGUUUCUCACGCCUCUUCUGGCCGCCUUCGCGAGCGCUCGCUUCGUGAUGUAUGCGGAUGAAUGGCACCCUACUCGCCCUACCAACCCAGCGGAUAAGUCCGGCAUCGACCAUGUCGUCCUCGCGUUCGCCAUGGCCAACAACACUGCGGCGUUCCAGCCCAAGGUCCCCGUCUCUACCAUCCGUUCCGAGUUCCCUGGAGCUAAGGUCAUGAUUGCUAUCGGCGGAUGGGGAGACACUGUCGGCUUCACCGAAGCUACGAGGACCGAUGCCGGAAUCCAGAAGUUCGCCUACGAUGUCAAGACCAUGCUCACGAACACUGGCGCCGAUGGUGUCGAUAUCGACUGGGAGUACCCUGGCGGCAACGGCGCCGACUACAAACAAGUGCCCAACUCGGCCAAAGUCCACGAAAUCCCCGCCUUCCCUAAGCUGCUCGCCGCGGUCCGCAAAGCCAUUGGAAGCGACAAGCUCCUGUCCAUCGCCGUGCCGGGCAAGAAAAUCGACAUGAUCGCCUUCACGCCUGAGAACGGCCCGCUCAUCUGGCCCUCGGUCGACUACAUCAACAUCAUGUCAUACGACCUCAUGAACCGCCGCGACAACACGACCGCGCACCACACCUCCGUCGCCGGCGCCACCGCCGCCAUCGACAACUACCUCGCCAUCGGCGCGCCCGCCGCGAAGAUCAACCUCGGCUUCGCCUACUAUGCGAAGUACUUCACGACGCAGGGCGACUGCGGCCCCCAGCCGCUUGACUGCCCCAUCGUCUCCGCUGAAGACCCUGUCACCGGCACCGAUGCGCUGACGUCCGGCGCCUGGACCUUCGAGAAAGCGCACAUGACGCCCGUCGACACCUCCAACCUCCCCGUCUCGUAUGACGGCACCUGCGGCCCCGAGAAAAUGACAAAGUGCGCCACGGGCUGCUGCUCGCAGUACGGCAACUGCGGCACCACCAAGGAGCACUGCAGCGGCGGGUGCCAGCACGCGUUCGGCACUGGGUGCACCGACGCCGACGUCUUCAGCUCCUGGCAGAGCGCCGCCAAGAACGGGGUUACGGACGAGAAGGCCGGCGCGCAGUACUACUUCGACCCUGCUGAGCGCCUGUUCUGGACGUGGGAUACGCCGCAGCUUAUCUCGCGCAAGUUCCAAGAUAUCGUGCGCGGGUAUGGCCUCGGCGGCGUGAUGGCCUGGAGUCUGGGCGAGGACAGCGCUGAUUGGAGCCAUAUCAAGCAGAUGGCGAAGGAGCUGGCGAGCGGUGGAUACACUGCACCGGCGCAGAAUUCGGAGCAGAAUGAGGACAACGAGGAUGCACAGACCCAGACGGAGACGCCGGCGGAGUCCAACGAGCCUGCUGAGCCUAGCGAGAGCCACCAGGCUGACUACGAUGUCGUAUACGUCGACGGCACGAAGGGUGGCCCAGAGGCUGAAGCGGACGAGUACGAUUACGGCCAGUAUCCUGCUCCUGCGGACGUGGACGUGCCAUACGCCCAGAAUGCGCCGAAAGAGCAGACUGCCGCUACUGAGAACGUGGACGGCGAGAAUGACGAGUGGUCGGGCUACUACGACGGAGGCUACGACGAUAGCGGGGACUGGUGGAAGAAAGAGUGAGUGAGUGAGUGAGUGAGUGAGUGCGUACGUGCUGCCUAUCUUCGCAUAUUCAGACAAAGGGAAUGGAUAUGAAUGCGGUAUCUCGGAAAAGCAGUAUCUCUACGGCUCAGGUUAGGAAUCAUUUACUCCCCAUCUAGCGGCGAGAAUGGGGCGAUAGAUAGGAAAGAG